AUGUUAAGACACAGUCAGAUGUUGAAAAGCCAUUUGAUAAGGCGUAACGGUCUGGUACUCAACAGACUAAAAUUUUCCAGAAGUCUUGGGUCCUCAGUUCGUGAAAAAUUCUUGAGUAUAAAAGAAUCAUCUAAUGGUAAAAUUCCAUCAAAUGUUUAUUCUGAAUUAUUAAACCAUGAGAAUAUUAAAAAUGGAGAAGAACUAGAAAUUGUGGAUGAAAUAAUCAAUUUUGCCAAAUCAGAUUCAAAUAUAACUUCAUCUAAUAAAAUUGAAUUACAUAACUUAAUUUUGAAAAAUUUAUUAAAAUUUGAUCAAUCAUUAUCAAUGAUUCAUCAAAGAGCCAUUAGGGAAUUAAAUGGUUCUGUUGAUAUUGAUUCAAUGGUGGAAAUCAUUAAAUAUAAUUCAGGUAGAGUAGAAUCAUCAUGGGAAAUAUUUGAAAAUUAUAUUACUAAAAUUAAUCCAAACGCUAUAAAAAAUGAAGAUUUAUUAACCAGUGUAUUAACAAAAUUAGUUUAUGGUGAUUCAAGUGAAAUUGAAGAUGGGUAUCAAAUCAAUGAGCAUAAAUUAUUGAAAAGUAUAGCUAUCUUACAAAAUUUGGAACAACAACCUAAAGACUUAAAAUUACAAUUAUUACAAAAAUGUCUUGAAAUGGAAAAAUUUGAUUUAAUAAACAUUAUUGGUAUUGAUUCAUUAGAAUUGAUCCAUGAAUUGAAUCCAAACACAUCUCAAUUUGUUAAAUUAUGGAGUAUAUGGAAUCCUGAAACUUUUGAUAAAUCUCAAAUUGAUGAAAACUUAGAUCGUAUAAAUAAAUUAGUUAUGAAAUUAAGUGAAGAACAAGCUUUCAAUUUUGAAUUAGAUAAUGAGUCCAAAACACAAUUUGAAUCCAUCUCAACUAAAUUUCCUUCAUUAUCAAUUAAGAGCUCAACAACAAAAUCUGAACCUCAAUUAACAAAUCAACUUUUCGAUCAAUUGGUUAAAAUUUUAGAAAAUUCAAAAAUAUUGACCAAUCCAGAAUCCAGAUAUACUCCAUUAAGAUUAUCAAUUUUAAAAGCAUAUGGUAUAAAUAAAUUAGAUCACAAAAAAGCACUUUAUUUAUAUCAUGAAUUUAUCUCAUUAGAUAAACAAAAUGUUGAUAAAAUCAUGUCUACAAUGGUUAUAAUUUCAUCAUACUUAUCCAUUUCUCAAAAUGAUUUAAAUCAAUUAAUUAUAGCAGAAACAUUAUUACCACAACCAAUGACUAUAAAUUCACUAAGAGCAUUAAUCUUGGGAUAUUCAUCAUUUGAUUUAUCUAAAUCAUUAGAGAUCUUCAAUAAUAAUAUUGCACAAUCAAAUAAGACCCCUAAUGAUCAAGGUGUUUCAUUAGCAGGACUUUUAACUGAAACUCUUGUUUUGGCCAAUUUAUCACAACAAGAUCGUGAAUUUGCAUAUUUGAUUCAUGAUGGUGCAAUUAUGAAUAAUAUUUUAGAAACUGAAACUAGUAAAAAUAGAAUAAAAGCUAUUUUUAAAAGAUAUGGUGAAAUUUUAGGUGAAGAGGAUGAUAUAAAAAUCAAGAAUUUACUAAAACAAGAAGUUUUGAAUGCUAUUAAGGCAUUAUAA